UUUUCCCGAAACUUUGGGAUGGGAGUGAGGAGCCGGCGGGAAAGGGAAGCCAGGGAGCCCAACGAGGCUCCACGCUACAGGAAGCCGCGGCCUCCGGUGAUAAAUAGGAAACCCGGGAGUACAGGAUGUGUUUCGGGAGAGCUCGGUGGGACACCGGGAUGUGACUCCUCUGGUCAUUUGUCCGUUUGUCCGGCGGGAUGGCCACGCUCCGGCCUCUCCUGCUGCUGCUGCUGGCCUGGUGCUCCAGAGGGGAGGACGUGGAGGUGCUAUGUGCCGACAGCGCUUGCUACACCCUGCACCGGGAUGAGAACGACUGGAAAAGCGCCCAGGAGCGCUGCCGGAAUAACGGGGGCAACCUGGCGCCGGUGGGCAGCGCCGGCGAGGCCGCGCGGCUGCGGGAGCUGCUGGCCACGGCCCGCUGGGCCGGCCCGGCCUGGCUCGGGCUGACCCUGCCCAGGGGCCACUGCGUGCAGCCGCAGGAGCCGCUGCGAGGCUUCUCCUGGGUGGCCGGAGGGGAGCCGGGCAGCUUCUCGGAGUGGGCGUCCGAGCCGGCGGUCACCUGCCUGAGCGCCCGCUGUGUCGCCCUGCGACCGGCCGGCCCGCACGGCGCCGGCGGCUGGGCGGACCGGGCCUGCAAGAGCUCGCUCCCGGCUUUCAUCUGCAAGUUCAGCUUCCAGGGAAUGUGCGGGCUCCUGCCGCUGGCCGGCCGCGGCACGGUCACCUACCGAACCCCGUUCGGGGUGCGCAGCGCCCGCCUGGCCGCCGCUCCCUUCGGGACGCUGGCCGAGGUGGAGUGCGACAGCGGCCGGGACUCGCCCUUCGCCGUCUGCAAGGGGCCGCUGGCCGGGGGUGGCUUCGCCUGGCACCCGCCGGGUCCCCUGUGCCCGGUCACCUGCGGCCACCGCAACGGCGGCUGCCAGCAGCUCUGCCUGGACGGGCCCGGCGAGUCCCCGCGCUGCGCCUGCCACCCCGGCUAUGUGCUGGCAGCCGACAUGGCCUCCUGCGUUCCCGAGGAUUCCUGCCAUCCCAAUCCCUGUCAGGGAUCCUGCCGGACGCUACCGGGUGGCUUCGAGUGCGGCUGCGAGCCUGGGUACGCCCUGGCAGCCGACGGCCGCGGAUGCUCAGAUGUAGAUGAGUGCGAGUCGAGGCCGUGCCAGCACCAGUGCCACAACAUUCCUGGCGGCUUCCAGUGCCACUGCCGGCCCGGCUACCGCCCCGCGGGGCCCGCUGGCCGCCACUGCCACGACGUGGACGAGUGUGCCCAGCCCCACGCGUGUCCGCAGCUCUGCAUCAACAUUCCCGGCUCCUUUCGCUGCGCCUGCCGGCCCGGCUUCCAGCGGCAGCCGGGAGGAGAUUCCUGCCUGGAUGUGGACGAAUGCCUGCGGGAUCCGUGUCCCGGCGCCUGCCGCAACUUCCUCGGCGGCUACGAGUGCCUGUGCCCACCUGACUCGCUCCAGGACGGAGAUGGCCACGGCUGCAGUCCCGGAGAGGCGAUCCCAAACAGUAUACCACAGAGCUCCAGCAGCACCCCACAGAGCUCUGGCAUCAUCCCACAGAGCUCCAGCAUCAUCCCACAGAGCCCCAGCAGCAUCCCCCAGAGCUCCGGCAUCCCCCAGACCUCCGGCAUCCCACGCACCACGCGCAUCGCAGGGACCACGAGCAUCCCGUGGACUCUGGGAAUGCCCACCGCGGGACUGGGAGCCGGCUCGGACGAGCCCAGAGCCGACGGCCCACAGCUGCUGCUGUAUUACAUCGUGGGCAGCCUGGUGGCCAUCCUGCUCCUGCUGGCGUUUGCCCUGGCGCUCGUGGCUUGCAGGAAAAGGGCAGCCAAGAAGGAGAAGCCGCCGGCCAAAAACGCGGCCGAUAAUUAUUGCUGGGUGCCCGAGCAGCCCGAGAGCCGCGGGGAGCGCAGGUAGGAGGGGGUUAAAAAUCCCAAUAAAAGGGUGGGAGGGAAUGCUUUGUGCCCGAAGUGAGCUCCUCUGGCUGUUGCGGUGGGAUUUGCAGUCCUGCUGCUCCAAGGGUUAACGGGAGGGGAGAGGGAAUGGGGUGGAAUUUGUCUCCUCAUCUUUGCCCCAAAAGGCAAAUUCGGAAUAUUGGAUCGUGUUCCUAAAGGGAAACUGCUCACUUGGAAUUCUCCUGCAGCGCCUUAUGUACUGCUCCCCCUGCUCAUGGCUGCGUUCCAGCCUUGGAUUUGCCUCGUUCUCCUGGAAAAGGGUUUGAAAUUGGGAUGGAAAACGGUUUGAAGUUGGGAUGUGCCUCAGCAGAGCUUGAACAGGCCCCCAGGCAUAACCAGGGUGGGGUUUAAGGGUUAUUUUUUGUGUUUUAUUACAAAUCUGUCGCUUGAAACCAGGGAAAACUGUUAAGCACAGAGCCAAGGAAUGGCAUAAAGGUAGGAAAAGCUGUGUUUGGAAUAACCACCUCCUCAUUUCCAGAGUAUCCUGCCUAAAUCCACUUCUAAAUAGAGAAAACAAUGCUCUCCUUCCCAUCAGCCACAUGGGAGGUUGGGCUUUUCCUGUUGGAUCUUUUUUUUUGGGGAAGGAUCCUUCCUGACUCCAAGCUGAGCGUGUUUUCCCUCUUUCCCUGUGUGAGGAACAUGGUAGAAUUGGAAUAUUUGCUGAUUGUUCUGUAUAAAACUCGUAACUUCCAAAAAACUCUCUGGGCCAAGUUACUCCCCAGGUACUUCCCAAAAUUCCAUGAGACUCUUCCAGCCUUUUCAUUGGGAGUUCUCCCCCAAAUCCUGAGGAGUACAUCCAUCAGCACCUCCUCCAUGGUUUAUCCAUGCUCUGAAGGGCUGUAAAAGAUCAGCCACAGGAUUUGAAGGUUCCAGCAGGUUCCUGAAGUUUCUGUUGGAAUUAUUUUGUCCCUGGAGCUGAAUUGCUCCAGGAAUGGAACACAAAGGAUUUUGCAGUGGGCAGGGAGCUGCAUCCUGUCAUUCCAUGUGCUGAGGAAAACCCUUUCCUGCUUUUUUCUUGUCUUGAGGCUCCAUUGUGAGCUGCAAACAGGAAAAUGGAGCUGAUAGGAAUGGUUUCCAUGUGCCUGGGUUGGGAGAAUGGGGGGUAAUGCAGCAGCAGGAUUCUUGGAAAUCCUGCCGAACAUUCCCAAAUCCCAAGCCAGCAGAGCACUGGGACUAGCUGGAUCAAUGAAGGAAAUUAAUUAUCCCAUGCAAUUAUGCCAGCUUGGGAUCUGUGGGAAGUGACAGCUUUGGGGUUUUCAAUGGGAUAUAAGGCUAUAAAAAAGGAAAAGGAAGGAUGAGGGUGGAAUCAGAGCUGGGAAAGACCUGAGGUGUGCGGUUUAUUCCCCAAAAAUCACAAUCCUGGUUUCUGUUACAACCUCUGUGUAUUCCAGUGGGGAAUGAUGGUGGAUCUAGGGGAAGACAGGAAUUUGAGCAGGGUUUAGGUUGCAUUUCCCCUAAUGGAAUAUUUCCUGCUGUAGCAUCCUCCCUCCUGGUGCAAUUCCACUUGGGUCCAGCCUCAUAUCUCUCAUUUUUCCUGUCACAUCUUGUGGCUCCUCAGGGAGUUAUCCAGAGACUGGUGAAUCCCACAAAUUGGAGCAGGAUAAUUUGGUGCCCUGUCUUCCACAGGAGAUGGGACGUUCAUCCUGCUCCUUGGAAUUUUUUGUUAUGGAUGAGUGUUUUGUUUUCAAGAAUGAAGCUCUUAGAUAUACAGGAUACAGUUAUCCCAACAUCUCUCUCUGGAUGAAAUACCAAGAAACAAAAUAUGUUUGCAGCAGGUUUUAAUAAAGAUAUUCCUAAAAAUCAAUGGUCUGGUGC